AUGGCCAUCGAUUAUCGGCAUGGGAUCUCGAUCCUAGAGAUCAUUAUUUACUCUCCAACCCUAUUUAUUGCUCUUUGGAUGGCAUUUCAUCAUGGUUUCAAAAGAAGCUCGGGCUGGUUUUUUUUCAACCUUUUUUGUCUUGCCCGCAUUGUUGGCGCAGUAUGCUACUUGGCCACGAUUCAAUCUCCUUCCAAUGUCAACCUAUACAUUGCAUGGGCUGUUUGUACUUCACUCGGACUAUCGCCAUUAAUUUUGGCUUGCAUUGGUCUUUUAUCACGAGCAAAUGAUUCUAUUAUGCGAAAGACCGCCAAACCUCUCCCUCCGAUUAUCUUCCGGCUUGUUGGACUAUUUGCACUAGUCGCCGUGAUUCUGAGCAUCGUCGGCGCAACCAAGAACUCCGAUAUUUCCCAUGGCCUUGUCACCACAGAGACAAAGGUUGGGCUCAUCCUCUACCUUGUUGCCUGGAUCGGUGUGUGCGGACUGUUCCUUCUGGUCUUGAUGCGAACUCAGAGUAUCGAGGACGGAGAACAUCGCCUCCUCUUGGCCGUGGGAAUAUCCCUCCCUUUGAUCCUCGUGCGAUUAAUCUACUCUUUCAUCUAUGCCUUUGGCCAAAAGGCCGAAUUCAAUAUGCUGUCGGGAAAUGUCACAAUUCAGCUUGUGAUGUCUGUUCUAGAAGAGUUUAUCGUUGUUCUUGUGUGCCUGGGCAUCGGCCUUACACUUCAAGUACGACCUGCAGCAGAGUAUACGCAGCAACCCAGUGUCUAUAGCGGAGAGGGAGAUUCAGUGGAGCUGGAGAGUGGCCAUCUGCAGGGACAAAGGCGUGAAAAGACACGAGCCCAGAAACCAAAGCGUCGGGGUGGUCCCAUUACGAGACUCGUUAUGUAUAUUGUGGAUGAGGUUAAUGACCGGAAGCAAUGA